AUGUUGUUAAGCAUUUUCUUAUACAAGUUACUAUUCGAAUCCGCGAAAGGAGUGUGUUUGUCGAAUGUAAGGCUCGAUGGGAAGGUCGCUCUAGUGACCGGAGGGAACCAGGGCAUCGGUCUGGAGACUGCGAGAGAGCUCGCGGCCAGGGGGGCCAGAGUCAUCAUCGCGUGCCGAGGCGCACAAAUGUCAGCGGAAGCAAUCCAGGACAUCGUGGCCACGACUGGGAACGAGCAAGUCGAAUAUAUGCACCUAGAUCUAUCGAGAUUCAGUAGCGUCAGGAAGUUUGCUGCAGAUUUCAACAACAAAUAUGAUCGACUUGACAUCUUGGUGAACAAUGCAGGUUGUAGUGGAGUUAAACCGAAAUAUACUGAAGAUGGAAUUAAUUUAGUGAUGCAAGUGAAUUAUUUUGGACCUUUUUUGCUCACGAGGCUGCUGACAGAAAAGCUCAUCGCAAGUAAACCAAGCAGGAUUGUAAUAGUGUCGUCGAUGUUACAUUAUUUCGGGAAAAUUAAUGUCGAUACAUUGGACAAACUAUUUGGUCAAGCCUAUGCAGCUCUAUUUUAUGAUUACAAUAAUAGUAAACUGUGUGGCGUGCUGUGGGCCAAGGCCUUGGCCAAGAAACUGCCCGAGGAAGUAUCUGUGAACUCUUUACAUCCCGGUCUUGUUAGGACUAGUUUAUUUAGAAGAUUGCCUGUUUUGUAUCUAAUACCAUUUUAUAUUAUUUGUAAUUUACUGAACUGUAAAACACCUAAAGAAGGAGCGCAGACUGUGGUCCACCUGUGUGUUGCUGAAGAGGUCCAGAAUAUGCGAGGGAAGUAUUUCAUGGAAUGCCGUGAGGCUAAACACACGCAAUUAGCUGAUGACGAAGAGUUUGUGGAAAGAGUUUGGCACAAGAGUGUAGACGUUACCAGCUAA